AUGCAAAUCCGGUACUUCGCAGCUGACGAGACUCAGCCUUAUCUCAACGCGUCCGUGGAUGAUCAGUUUCACUUCAACAUUCUCACAAAGUCCGACCUCGAGGCUUUGGGAGACAUUGAUGUUCAGUCUCGAGAGCGCCAGAAAAUAUUCGACCACCAGAGCGGCUCUACAUACGUCGUUGGAGACGUAGUCAAACUUCGGAUUUUCAGAGAUGGAGAUAUUAGAUCUCACGAUCGCGAUUUCUAUGUGCUUUUAAGUGAUCAUGAUCACUUAGAGUCCGGUCUGCACGCCAUCUUGACGCCUUUUUGCUUUCCAUCGGAAAAUGAAUACUCGAAUGGGGAUCAGGUUGCUGUCAUCAGGGUGAAGCCCCCAACGGAAGAGGAGAAGAAAAAGCAGGAGGAAAACGAAAAGAGAAGACGCGAAGCUGCAGAGGAACGGGACAGGAAACGUCGAGAGCAGGAGAAAGCUCAGAAUCAACCAACGCGUUGA